AUGGAGCACCCAGAGUUGUAUGACCAAAGCGUGGAGCACCCAGAGUCCGUGGAGCACCCAGAGUUGCAAAGGGCCCAAAACGUGGAGCACCCAGAGUCUUUCCCACUCUUUUCUUAUGCUGAAAUUGUGGGCGUGGGGGGUUUCGCGGGGCCCAAAGCGGGGAAAACCCCCAGAGUCGAGGGCCCAAAAAAGCGGGGGAAAAACCAGAGUCGUUGGCCAAAUGUGGAACACCCAGAGUCUUUUGGGCCCAAAGUGGGGCCCCCAAAGAGUAUAGGGCCCAAAAACUUUGGAGCCCCCGGCGUAUGGCCAAAGGUGGAGCCCCUGAGUCGGGGGGCCAAAGUGUGGACCCCCCAGAGCUUUAGGGCCCAAAAAGCGGGGGAGCCCCCGGGGCCCAAAAAGCGUGGGCACCAAGUUGUUGGCCAAAGUGGGGAGCACCCGGGAGGUAGGCCCAAAAAGCGGGGAAAGCCCCCAGAGUCGAGGCCAAAGCAGGAGCCCCCCCAAAAGCGUAGGGCCAAAGCAGGAGCACCCAGAGUCGUAGGCCCAAAGCAUGGAGCACCCAGAGUCGAAAUGACCAAAGCGGGGGGGAGCACCCAAGUUUUUGGGCCCCAAAAGAAAUGGAGCACCCGGGAGCCCGUAGGGCCAAAGCGUGGAGCCCCCAAAGUCUUUAGGGCCCAAAAAGCGGGAGAACCCAGAGGGGUUUUUGGCCCCAAAAAGGGGAGCCCCCAGAGUGUAUGGAAAAAGCGGCGUUUAGCACCCGGGAUUUGUAGGGCCAAAGCGGGGAGCCCCCAGAGUCGUUUUUACCAAAGGGGGAGCCCCCAGAGUCAAAGCCCAAAGCGUGGAGCAACCAGGUGUAAAGGCCAAAGCAGGGAGAAACCCGGUGUCGGUAGGGCCCCAAAGCGUGGAGCACCCGGGGAAAGGGGUUUUGGCCCAAAGAGGGAAAGACCCAGGGUCGAAGGGGCCCAUAAUUCCAUUAUAGUUUUUAAUUUUAAAGACCCCUUUGGUUUUAAAACAAUGACCCCCAAUGUGAAACCUAGUACAAUUUUAGUAUACCCCAAAGAAGCUUUAUCAGGACCUGCAGAACCCUUUGUAAAAAAGGACCUUUUAAAAAGUUAUAAAAGAUGGGUUUAA